CACGCACAGGAGUCAAUUUCACCCAGCGACGCCUUUUGGCGAAUAUGAAAGGGCUGAUGGAGCAAAAGUUGCAGGACGAACUGGACGCUCCGUACUCGAACUUUGCGACACGAUACGUGGGAGUUUUUCCGUCGUCGCGAAGGAUCACGCUGCCUGAGGAAUCGAGCUGGUGCAUUGUAAUCAACUUCAAACCAUCAUGGAAUUUUACAGGAAUUCUGAACAAUCCAUUUGAAUAUGUCGUCUGGAUUUCAGUGCUAAUCACGACAGCCAUAAUCGUCCUAUUGAUCAAGCGUUUUGUGUUAACUUACCGCUUCCUCAUACUACUAACGUUAUCCAUCGUCUACAUAGCUACAUCCGCCUCACAUCUUUCGGUGGCCAAGUUCAACCCGGACUGGGCCGCGCCCUGCAAGCCAGCGGAGGAAACUGGAAAAAUCAUCAUCAUCAUCUUAGGUUUCACCCCUCGUACCUGCGGUGUGCAGUCCAGCAAGUUUACGACCGAUGUCGCUUUAAGGGUUUGA